AUGUUCAAGAAGAAGCCCACCAUCAAAAACCUUUCCCCCCUUCGAUCUUCCGACCGGAGAAAAAUCGCCGAUCAGAUCAUUAAAGACUAUCAAAUUACCGUGCCUUCCACAUCCGCAGAGACAUCAACCGCCGCGCCGAGUACAGCCCCGAGCCUUAGUGCCGUACGCAAUGCACUCCUCCCAGAGAAUGCCUUGACUGCACGCUUUACAACCACCGCCGGUCCAGACCUCCGAGAGGUGCAGGGCAUUGUGUACGUCGGUGCACAUGGAGACGAGGAGGAGCGUGUGCUCUGGUUCAAGAUCGAACACGGACCCGGUUCUGAUAAGCGCCUUUACCCGACCGUUUACUCAUUAUGGGCGAACCCAGACUUGGUGGCCUUGUUAUACACACCGGAGAUGGUGAUGCAAAAGCUCCAUGCCGGCGCAGAUUUGAUGACUCCCGGGCUUGCUAAUGAGCCGCCCUUCCCCGAGAGAGCUGUUCAGGGAGCCGUGGUGGCUGUUGCCGGUCUGGAUAGACACAGCGUGCCGCUGUUUGUGGGCGUGUGUGAGAUUGAUGUCUCCACGCUUGGAGAGGUCCAAGGAACAAAGGGAGUUGCCGUCCGAGGUCUACAUUGGGAGGGUGAUGAACUCUGGGCUUGGAGCUCAUCAUCUCUACCGGGACGUCCAGCUCCUGAAUACCUGAAGGGUUGGGACGAGGAGGCGGAGGAGACAGAGGAGGCUGAAGGCGGAGUUGAGGAGGCCGUCGGUAAUCUCAACCUGGAGGACGCUCCAACCGGUGACGUUGUUGAGGAUGCGCCUGAAGUUGAAGAACCGGCUAUGGAGGAGCCUACAACAAGUGACAUCGACAAUGCUUUCAUCAAGGCCUUCGUUUUCGCUCUCUACAAGCUCAAACUAGAUAACCCUAUGGCCACUAACCACGGGCUUACUUUUCCCGUGUCACCCUCCCUACUGAUCGAGAACCUGAUCACACCCUACCUUCCAAUCUACUCCGCACAACAAGCCUCUUUCUACAACAUCAAAAAGACAAGCUGGAAGAGUGUUAAGAAGUUCAUCAAGCAUCUCGAUAAGUUGAAGAUGGUCAAGUCUAAAGAUCGAGGUAACUCAGAGACAUUCAUCUUGGAUAUUGACUUUGAUGACUGGCGUGUUCAAAGAUUCGUCCCAUACAAGCUUCCGUCAAAGGACGCACUAGACUCGCCUCCUUCCGAUGGCAGGAAGCCUGUCAUAUCUGGGGGCGCAGAUCCCUCGAUGGGACAGACACUGAAUGUUCAGACUCUGUACCGGCCAACCCAAAAAUUGGUGCCAGACAUUUUCCCCGCUCUUUCUACCACCAGCCCGAAGAACUACUACAAAUAUUCCGAGGUAUCUACCCACUUAGACCAAUACGUCCAGUCACAAAACCCUCCUCUGGUCUCUAUCGACAACCGACGCAUCAUUAACCUCAACCCCUACCUUGCCAACACCAUCUAUUCAUCUUCUUCCUCUGAGGACCUGUCAACUCUUAAGCGAAAAAUGGUCACCCGCGACGGGCUACUCAAGCGUGUGAUUGAAGAUCACACAUUCUUACAGCCUUACUAUGCGAUCCUCAAGCCUGGACAAACUCUUGCCGACGUGAAGCCCAAGGCAGGUGCCACACCGAAGGCAGUGGUCACUCUGGAGAAGAGGACUGGUUCGAAGACCAUCACGAGAGUUUCCAACCUAGAAGUCUUCGGAAUUAUCCCCGCCCUUUUGGCAGAGGAGCUUCAAAAGAAAUGUGCCAGUAGCACUAGCGUGACACAAGCUGUCGGUUAUCCCAAGGGAGUCAUGGAGGUCCUAGUGCAGGGUGAUCAGCGCAAGGUUCUCGAUACAGCUCUCACGCGUCGUGGGCUCAAGAGUCAAUGGAUUGAUGUGGUGGACAAGACUAAGAAAAAGAAAUAG